AUGGAAAUAUUACAUAAUUUUAAACAAAAUGGGUACUUUACGUCUGAACUUUAUCAUUUGGUUGCUAAGAAGAAACUGUUGGAUCCAACGGAAGAGAUCAUUCCAUCCCAAUAUGAAAAGGAAAUGCGCAUGAGUACUUUAGAGAGAUUGCAAAAUCUUAAUGGUAUUGAUGUAGAAAAUAUGGUCAGGGCGGGAAGCAAAGGCCGUAUACCAGUACUGUCAUUUACACCAAGAGUUAUUGUGUUCCAAAACUUCAAGCCAAAUGAUAAGAUAGUUGCUAAAUUCUCUGUAAAAAACAUCAGUAAGAGCCCUUCGUACCUCAAUAUGGUGUACAAGGAGUCUUCAUAUUUCUCCGUGAAGCCCUGCAGUGGGCAGCUCUUAUCACGCUUAGCUCCAGGCAUCAGCGUGACGUUUGCCGUUACUUUCACGCCGGUUCAAUACGAGGAUUAUACCCACAGAGUCAUGUUUUAUACCGACGUUGAUCAGUAUAUUGUAGCUUUUAUUGCAAUGGGCCCGAGGCCUGUAUUCGACUUUCCGGAUCAAAUUGUCAUACCAAAAGUUCCGUUGAAAGUUGAAAACUCGUAUCUUAUGACAAUUCAUAAUAUUGGUGCCGUCCCUGCGGGUUUCACACUUCAAACAAGGAGCCCGUUCACCGUGCAACCUAAAUCUGCUUAUUUGAUUCCGAACCAAAAGAUUCAAAUCAAGGUUGGAUUUAAAACAAUGCAUCUCGGAGAAACCAACGGAGUGUUAUAUGCUAUUUUAGAAACAGGCGAGCACUUCCAUAUAAAGUUGGCAGGGUCAACGCACACAGUGAACAUAGAGUUGGAGAAGGCUGUGGUGAGGUUUCCGGAUACCUACAAUACGAUGGUGCGCCAGCAAACCUUCAAGAUCACCAAUAAAUCAGACCACAUUAUUACUUUCAUGUGUAUGAAGAAUGAAUGUGUCUACUACGAUUUUCAAGAAAAAGUGAAGUUAGCUACUAUAUUCUACAACGUUAAAGAUAUUGAAUCUGCUAAAUACACCAAACUCGUCAGGUAUGACGUCCUGAGCAGCGACGAGCACGAAAGAGUUUACACUAGAAUAUUUUUCGAUGAAAUUCAAGCUUUAGUGGCUGAUGAAACUCUGACUUUCCAGGAUACACAUUUCUCUAUAACUCCUAUUAGUGGCAAGUUAUGGCCUAAUAAAUGCACAGAACUAGUUAUAACAUUCUCGCCAAAACAAGUGGGAGAAUUUGAUGCUACAGCGUACUUAGAUAUUGAUGGUGUAUACGAACGCGUGCCUCUCAAGAUGGUGGGGAAUUCUCUACCGCCAGCAAUCCAUCUUAACUUGGAAACAUUGGAUAUGGAUUGUGUUUACAUAAACAAGAUGUAUAACUAUGAAGUGGUUGCAGUCAAUAAAGGACACAUAAAUGGCGUGAUAGUGUAUAAAGAAGUGCCGACAUUGUUCGGAAGUAAUAUCAAAUGUACUCCAGAAAUGCACUGUCUUCGUCCCGGCGAAAGAGAGAUAUUUGUUAUUUCCUUCAGUAACUCUAAUCAAGGGCCUUAUUUUGAAGAAAUCAACUUUAUUGUACGCGAUACCAGUGUCGUGUUGAAGUUGUACUUAAAGGGUGAAAUCAUAUAUCCAUCCUUGACUUUUAGCAUACCUUGUUUAGAUUUUGGAAAAGUUAGUGUGGGAUUGCCCAAAACGUUAAAAGUCGAUGUAAUUAACGAGUCAGUAGUGAACGUCACUGCGUCUGUGAAAAUAUCAUCCGAUGGUCCGGAAGUGAGCAGUAUGACUCUAGCAGACUACGCCGUGGCUGAUAGCCCGAAACCAAGUAUUCCGCAAUGGCCGAGAGAGUUCAACAUCGAGCCUUGUAGGAUAGAGAUGGGGCCAGAGUCUAGAGUUUCUUUGAAAGUUUCACUAACGGCAAACCUUAUAAGAGCUAACCAAACUUCUUUGGAACUAGAGCUAGAUAAAUCUGAUAGUCCUCCUAUAAUUCUGCCAGUAAUGUUCGACGCUAAAGUGCCUGACAUUACACCUGCUCCCGAAAUCAAGCUUCGUGCAUGCUUCAUUGAUUUUCCUUAUGUAAACGACAUUCAAUUAACAGUCAAUGAGUUUUGGGGAUAUUUCACGUUAGAGGAGCCAGAGGAGGAAUCUACUUUGGAAGUCACGGUCGGAGUCAAAGAAGGAAUGAUUGAACCGAACAGUACAUUCAGCUUGCCAGUAACAAUUAAAACCAGUGUUCUAGGCGUUCAAGAGUAUACGAUUCGUUUACGUCUCUUUGGAAUGUCGAAGCCAAUAGAAAUAUGUCAUAUUACGGGAACCGGCGUGCGACCAAUAGUUACAUGUACGCCUGUAGCACUGCAUUGGGGUCAAGUCAAAUUGCUUACGAAAUCACAAAAAGUUCUGACUCUUUGUAACGAUUCUCCUGUUUACGUCAAUUUCAAAGCUUCCCUGCUGAACAAGGAUGGACGAUGGAAUAUUCAUCCAAGUGAAGGGCAUGUGGCGCCAGAAUCGGAGACCGAUUUGUGUCUAACAUUAUAUUUAUUGGAUGCAGACUCUUACACAAACAAAGCUGUUAUACAAUUAGAAAAAGUGAAAGAUAUUUUGGUGCCAUUAUCUGCCACCGGAAUUGGCACAAGUAUUUUAGUGGGAGAACUGCGUGACAGAAUUUUUCUUGGACGUAAUUUCACCAGAAUACCUUUACAUGCCACCGUUGUUAUGGAGAACUGUGGAACCCGCCUGCAUGCAUUAGAAUGGAGUGAACAUUACAAAGCACCUAAAACUAAGCCACAAACUUCAGGUUUCUUUAAUUUAGACCCAAAAAACUUCAAAAUGGCUUCUGGAGAAAAAAUAGAUUUGACUAUAACAGGGUUGUCGCAUAAAGUCACUACAAUUAAGGAAAUGUGGUAUUUAGUCGGAAGCGUAGAAGGUAUUAAUAAAAAGGAACUGUUAUUAGAAUGCCAAAUAACAGCAGAAUUCGUUGAUCCGAAAAUUGAAGUGUCAGCGACAAUGAUAGAAUUUCAAUAUGAUUACGGCCCGUACAGCGAAUAUUAUAAACUGACAGAUAUAGUAACUAUAAAAAAUGUGUCAAAGUUGCCAUUGGAUAUGGACAUAAGCGUGCGGCCACCGUUCGCAAUUAUUCAGAAGCAACACACUUAUAAGAUCCCACCUGAAGAAGAACAUUUAUGUUGUUGCAUUUGUUACAAUGAAUGUGAUUUAAACGUUCCUAAUAUGCACAAUGAAAUUGGUCCAUUCCAAUCAAAAUUGUUUAUAGAUUACUUAACUCAAAGACCCGUAGAGCCCACACGGAAAGAGCCGUUACAUUUUUUCCAAGACAUCAAUAAAAUUAAGAUGGCUUUCAAUCUAACUCACACUAUUGAAGAAAGAUUAGAAGAUCAGGAAAUUAUGAAAAUACAAAUUUUGUUAGAUACCACGAAACAUGUGUCACUGAAAUCUAAAAUAUACUGUGACUUGAUGAAAACUAAGUUCAGAGGUCAUAAAAAUAAGGAUGCAAUUAAACUUGUCGGAAAAAUAAAUUUUCCCAAUGUGUUUGUUUUUACACCAAGAGUUGAUUUUCAAUCUAUUUUAAAUGGUAGCAUUAAAAGUAAAACCAUACAAAUACAAAAUUUAACUCCACUUUUAGCCUGUUAUAGGUUUCAGUGGAAAAAAUGUUCUAUAACACGAUGUAACAUGUCACAGAAGAAAGAAUCUGAUGGUAACACAUAUUUAAUUUUAUGAUUUAAGAUUCUUUUUGAGUAAUUUUGAAUGAUUUAAUUUCUUUCAGGCAGGAAAACGAAUACAGCCAACAAUGACAAACAUACAGAUGAUUUAGAAGUAGAAACCGAAUCUGAUAUUAUUGGUCAGCCCAUCGCCAAGCAAUCUAUAAAAGAUACCAAAAGUUUAAGAACAAGUAUAAUGUCAAAAGUAACCCCAAUGAUAGAAGUUGACUUAGAACCGCAAUUUGAAUGGAAUUAUAAAUUCAAGAAAUUACCAAAAUAUCAAGAUAACAUUACUAACGACUUACUGCAACUUAUGCCACACCGUGGUUUAUUAAAACCAAAUGAAGUUCAGUACAUACAUGUAAUAUUCACGCCUAAAACAAAUAUCAGUGUUCGAGCUACCCUGGAAUGUGAAGUAUUGGGUGGACCUUCUGAACUUAUCACUGUUUUCGGACAAAGUUCUGAUUUAGUUUACAAAAUCAAUACACAUAAACUUAACUUCAAAAUAAGAUCUUUUCAUGAACCUGCGUCAGAACAAUUGAUUAUAAAUAAUAAUGCGCAACUGACAUUUGAAUAUAAAACUUAUUUGAAUGAGCCUAAAUUCGAAAAUGAAUUACAAGGCACCAUUUUGGAUUUGGUGCCACGGAACAAAAUAUUAGAACCAGAAGAGGAGGCAGAAAUGAAAGUAGUCAUUAGACCUGGUGUAGUAGGUUACUUUAAAAGAGUGUUCGUGUUAGAAAUUGGUCACUUACCCCACAUUCCUAUUGAGAUAUUCGGUUGGGGUGUGGUCCCACAAGUUUACAUGUCAUUACCAAGACCAGAUAUUAAAAACCUAAAUGCAGAAUUGGGUUACCUAGCGAUUCCAGCACUAACGCACGAGUACAUGAAAGCUAUAAAUGAGUUUUUCGGAAAGGAUAAAUUAGAAAAACAGAUUGAUAAUUUAGAUUACGAUAAAUGUCACGAAGAUCCUGAUCUGCAAACUGGUUGGCACAUAUGCUCCUCACUGGAUGAAUAUCCCACUGUGAUGGACAUAGAAUUGGCAAUAGAGAGAAUGCUAGUUAUAGAGCAUAUAAAAUUGAGACCUGAAAUCCUAACUGUGUAUUCUAAUACUAACAAAAUGGGCCCUAUUCCGGGCUUCCAUACGACUCCUUACGUUAUUGACUAUGGCGUGGUUAUAACAGGAAGUACUAUACAAUCCACAACUGAAAUAAUAAACUAUGGUCCGAUUCCGACCAAAAUACACUUUGCUAAAGGGACUCGCAUACCUCCAUGGCUGACCGUGAAAAUUUGUGGCAAAUUGACUCCCGGGGAAAGUGGAAAGCUGGACAUUGGCUUUAUGCCAACUUCAAAUGAUUUUACGGAAUUGGAACAGACCGUCGAAACGUAUUUCAACUUGGAUGUACCCUAUGGUGUCACAAUACCAGUAUAUAUCAAAGCACUUUGUGCAGUGCCAUAUUUAAUGUCCAAUGUGACUAUGAUAAACUUUGGCUCGGUCAGAUGUGGUGAUAAAAUAAUUACUUCAAUCCCUCUCAAAAACGUCGGAAGACCGACAUGUAUAUGGUAUGUGACAUUAAGACUGAAGGCGCCAGGACCCAAUCCCAUGGUGGUGCUUGAUAGCUCCGGGAAGUAUGAGCCGGGUGAGGGAGGCUGGCUUAGCAUCGCGUUCAAGCCAACUAUGGAGAUGAUGUACGAAGGCAUGCUUAUAUUCAGAUUCCACAUGAAUCCAAAUAGAAUGACUAUCCCCGUGUUCGGGCGAGGUAUACUGCCGCAAGUGCACGUGAUUGGCCCCAACCUGAGCUUUCCGCCGACGCUGCCCUGGGCGGAGACCACCGAGAUUUACUUCGGACUGACCAACCCGUGCCCUUUCCCUAUUGAACUUAUAAUUGCCCAUACCGAUGAGAAAUGGAAAGAAGAAGAAGAAAUCUUUCAAUUACUUUAUAGAUACUACAAUAAGCCAGAAGAAAUGUUAGUGCCUGCCAUCAAACCAGGAAACGACCUCCCACCAGAGAUAGUCGGAUUUUACAAAAAGUUUACAACGACAAUAGCAAAAGCCAAGGAAGAAGAAGCUGCAGCGCUAAAGGCGCUAUCUGCAAAGUCAUCCCCUAUGACGAAAAAAACAAAGAGUCCGAAGAAUGCUCCAAAAUCGACGGGAACGACAGUAUCACCGAGGAAGUUUAGAACGGAAGCGGAAAUCAUUGCAGAUGAAAUAAAAACUCUGCGAGAAAAUGAAGUGGAUCCUUUGAAGGAGUGUCUGCACGUGUUUGAUCACUUCUCAUCUGAUUCGGAGAUGGAUAAAAGGUCUAAAGGACUACUUGUCUUCGUCCAUGGAUCACCAUGUGAAGAAGUUCAGUGUCAAGAAAUGGCGUAUUCUAUCGGCAAGGAGCUGAAGAUAUCAACAGUGAAUAUAGAUAAUUGCAUAGUGGAAGCCUUGUGCGAAUGCAAGUGUGCGGCCAAGAUGUUGAUACUAAGUACUAUCAACGAGCUCUAUCAAAUGUCCAGAUCUCAACCCAUGACUAAAUCCGAUUCCCAGUCCGAUGGAAAUGAAGAUCCCGAAGAAGACAUAAUAGAUGAAACAGAAGACGAAUUUCAAGUAAUAUAUAAGAAAAUUGAAUAUUUGGCCAAUAACAAAAAUAUUGGAACGCCCCGAUCUAAAGCAAGUGAUAAGAAAAAGGAAAAGGCCCCCUCUUCGUCACUCGGUUCCCAUACCGCUUUAGGGGCAGUUGGUUCUACAACUUUAUUUAACUUGGAUUUAAUUCAAGAACUUCUUAUGGAUUACUUCAAUCUUCCGAAAUUCAAUCGUGGUCUUGUACUUGACUCAUUGAAGAGUAUAAUAUUAAAGAGCCCUGCUUUAACUCUGACAUUAGUCCUGAAGUGCAAAAGUAAUAUAAGAAACAUACAUCUUAUUCUAUGUCAGUCCGAUUUCAGUAAAUGGGCACAAGCAUAUGAAGAAUCUAUUAAAGAAAAUGAAAUGUUGGACGAAAUGAAUUUCAAAGUCUAUGAUGAAACAGAAAUUCAAGAAAUCAUUAAUUCAUUUGAAGAAAUGGAUGAACAAGAAUACAAAAAUGCAAGUCCAGAGUUAAGAGGAAUUUAUAUAACCUAUGGAUUGGAAGAGAGAAGAAAAAAAUUAUUUGAUAAAUAUGGGUAUGCCUACGAUGCAGCUAAGAAAGAAAAAGGUAUAAAAUAAUUCAGUAAAUCAAUGUUGAAUAUUGACACGUCAGAGUCAAAGAAAAAAAUAAAAAAGGAUGACACUAAAGCAAAACCUUCCACAGAAUACAAUGUUAUGAAUGCGAAAUACAAUGAAUAUACCAAAAUAACGUAUGAGCAGUUAAUUAAUAUAGCCAACAAUUGGAUUAUCGACGAAGGGGAGAUGGGCACGCCACUCAUUGGACUUAAUGGACAAGUUGUAGGAGCAGCACAAAAGAAAUCUAAAAAGAAAUCAGAUCUGCAACUUCAGAUGUCUGAUAUAAGCAUUUCGGACCGCGGAUUCCCAUUGACCCUAAUUACGUGUCCAUGCUUACGAUAUAAAAUGGCUUUAGUAAAAAGCUUGGCAAAUUCGCUUGUGGUCAAGGAAGCUUUAGAGGAAGAAGAAGAAUGUGACAUUUUGAAAUGUCCAGAGAAAAGGAAAGAAUAUACAGUUCUUCUGCCAAAGACAUUUCCUGUCAUCAACCAUGAAAAGCCCCUGAAAUGGCGUUAUUUGGACGAGCCGCCGCUGAAAAAAUGCGAAUGUAACCAGCUCACUGAUUUGAAUUUGUUAGAUGAUACAAAUCAAGAAAAUGUUGUAAAUAUAUUAUCCAAAUGGCAUUGCGUAUGUGGGAAAAAGAUGACAUCUUCUCAAACAUCCACCAGUCAAAUCCCUUCAGCUUCUAUUGAAAAAGUUUAUGGCGAAGAAGGGGAAGGUGAAAUUGAAUUGCCUUAUCCUCUACCAUUACGUAGCGUCAAAUCUAUUUCAACCACUGGAGGACGUUUGGUGUUACAACCCGGUGAUCUUGUACGAUGUAAAUAUGCGUUUAGUCCUCAAACUGAGGGUCAUUUUAGUGUCAAACGGUUUGUGGAAGUUAGUGGCUGGCCAAAUUCAAGAGUUGAUAUCAAUGUCUCAGGAAUUUGCGACUUGCCCAGGCUUGACAGCCGUCCAAAGAAAAUGUUCGAAAACUUUGUUAGGAGAACUGUCGAGGAAAACGUUUACAAAUUAACAUAUUUAGACGAUCUUAAAUUAUUUGAAUUUGGUCCAAUAUUUAUCGGUGGUAAUAGAAUAUACGAAGAAGAGUAUAAAAUUGAUUUAAAAAAUUCAUCACUUAUAAGAGCAGAUGUCCAUAUAGAAUUCCUUGAAGAUACUACAGUGUUUCAAAUUGACAAAGACUUCUUAAGGCUUGAGCCGGGAUGUCGAGGAAAGCUGACAAUAUCAGCAGCUCCAGCGGAAGUGGGAGUCCAUAAUGUUGUAUUACUGUUUUGUAUCAAGGACAACCCAGAACUUGUUACUGUGAACAUCAAGUGUAGCGGAGUGGUGCCGAUUGUGGAGAUUUUACCAAUCACUAAAACCAUUGAGUAUGGAAAACUAUUACUAUACCGACGAGAAGAUGAUAGAUUUAUAGUUAAGAAUGACUCUAUUCUACCUAUUAUGUGGAAGAUACGUAAUGCCACAGAGUUUAUUAGUGAUUUCAUAAUAGCUUGCACGUCGGGAAUUGUGCCGAGACACAAUAACCAAGUAGUCCCGGUGACCUACAUCGCUUGCAACGUUGGAAUAAUUUCAAACAAAAUUCUCACAAUUGACAUUUAUGAUGCGGAAGGGCGCGGCUCACCCAUGAUAACUGAGAAUUUGUAUCUGUCGGCUGAAUGCUAUGACGUCAUGGUGGAGUGCGCCUACGAGAACCCUACCGAGAUGUACCUCAAUUACGGCAAUGUGAAAGUUAAUUCCACAGUCAUUCGCGAGCUUUAUUUAUUGAAUAGAGGAAAAUACAAUAUUUAUUUUAAAUUAAAAAAAGUAAAGAAUUUCCCGGAGCCUUCUCUACUGCGGUCUUUCGAAGCGAUCCCCGAAAGCGGAAUGAUUCCCGCCACCCUAAAGCUAGUAUCCAUCGACUUCGAAUGCACACCUACGACCUCGAUGAAUCUGGCCAAUGUGCCCGUGUACAUCUGCACUUUACUCGACGGCAGCAAGAAUCAAGUAGUAGUUGCCAAGUUCCCAAUAUACGUUACUAUUGCCUCCUUUUAUAAUACGUUCACUCUUUUCCCGCUGGGAGAACUCAACUUCCACAUAAUAGCCGUGGGCAGUGGGGUUAUAAGAGAUGUUAUAAUUAACAAUACAAGCAAGUGUCCAGUAACUUACGACAUUGUUCUGCCAGAGCAAUACCGAGUGGAUCCUUCCGAGCAGCAAAUAAAGAUAAAAGAUAAUAAACUGAAAGUACCACCAUUGAAAUGCGGUAACUUUAUAAUAUUGAACGAAGACAAUCUCUUGGCGCCUGGUACGAGUCGUACUCUUCACAUCCAGUUCUUGGCCACAGCUGCCAGGACUUUCGAGGAGACUAUCAACUUUAUCAUCAGCGACACUUGUCCGGCGGAAGCCCAAGGGGUUCCCUUGAGACUUGUAGGGACCGGUGCUAUGCCCACCUUAGAUUUUUGGAAUUUGGAAACAACGUUCAGGGAACACUUAAUUGUCAAAAAUUUGUCCGAAUAUAAAGUUCCUGAGUCGUCACCUCAUUGUGUCUUCGUGGAAGAUUCUGUAACGCUGCAUUUCUUCUGUGUGACCGUCAAUACGAGCUACACAGCGGCGAUAGACCUCUACAAUAAUGGAUUGGUGGCCUGUGCCCUAACUAUGAAAUUGAGUUACCAAACCAAUUCCAACCAAGACAUAUUUUACCUAGAUAAAUAUGAAACGCAUAUUGAACCUCUGCUUCACAAAACUUUAGGUGUCAUAUUUUACCCAAGGGCUUUGCAGGAAUACCGGGCUGUCCUCGAUAUAAGAUUGAAAUUGCUUGAUAAUCAAGAACAGUCAUUCAAAAUAUGUCUCAUUGGCGAAGGAGUAAUACCGAGAAUACAAAUGGUUUCUCCACCUAUGAGACAUAAAGUGCACCUUUUAAAAUUUCCUGUCACAUGUUUGGGCUCAAUGAGCAAUAAUGUUAUACGCUUUAAAAAUGUUAGUUCAGCAAAGAGUACUGUAGUGGCGAAAGUAUAUCAGUUGCCAUACGAGUCAAGGCCAAUCUUUUGGCUGACUCCCGCGCCGGAUUCAAGUCACAUGCUUGUUUCCUGCAAUAAUGCGGAAUACAGUACAAAUAUCAAAAUAAUAAUCAGUCCUCGUGAAAUAGCUACUUUGAAAAUGUUUUACAGUCCGAUUAAGAAAGGAAGGAGUUCUUGUGACGUGAAACUGCAUAUACUCAAUAACCCUUACGAACACUUUGAGGUUUCUUGUGAAGGUGAAGCUUUUAUAGAAGACGUCAUCAUUAUAGGCCUCGAAAUGCUUCCAAUGGAUACAGAUUUAGAAGCUUAUCGAUCUUCUGCAGAAGGAACCAUGUCAACUGUAUCUACUGUCGAUAGUAGAAAGAAGAGUAAAAGCGCACCUCUCGUCAAACGAAAAUCCAAUCCAAUGGAACCAAAGAGAAGUAGGCGCACAAUGGGGUCCCAUUCAACCAGUUUCGAGAGCAACGAAUUGAAAUAUGUUUUAGAUUUUGGUGGAUGUGAGCUGUCAGUAAUGGAAAAGAGGAAUAUCAUCUUGAUAAACAAUUCUGACAAAGUAUAUAAAUUCGAAUGGCAAGAGGUGGAUCACGUUUGUGUUAAACCGUCCAUGGGAUAUAUUUUGCCAGGUGAAGAAAAGGAUAUGGAAAUCAUGUUUCUCUCGGUUCAACCGGUUUCUGUAAAGAAGCAACUACUGCAUUGCUCACUGACCGCAAUCAGUUACGACUCCCUAAGUUUUGAUUUCAAGUCGACCAGCUGGGACAAUCGUCAAGUCGUUACAGUAUUUAACCAUGACAGAGAUGCGUGCUUAAAUGAAAGAUGUGAGACGCUGAUUGAAGAGCAGAACCAGCCUUUGCCUGAAGAUAUGUUGGGAGUGAUUCAUAUGAUCAUCGUCUUCUCUGCGGUAACAGAGUAUAGUAAAUACUCGUGUACUCUACCAGAAGAGAAAUCUUUGAAAGACACAUUUGUUUAUCAGACGAGAACAUUCACGUUCAACAUGAAAAACACAGGCAAUGUACCAUUGAAAUGUACUUGGAGCUUUGUCAUUGAUGAUGAAUUUCCAUUAAGGAUAGACAAAUGUGAAAAGAAAAGGGUAAGAUAACACGAGAAUUGUAUCAUAACUUGACAGUCAAAGUAUAAACGAUACAAGCUUAUUGUUUUAAUUCCAGCUCCAAGUAAAGUAACUUUAUUCAGCGGUAGCAAUGGAAGAGAAAGUGUGGACACUUGGUUUGAAAUAGAUUUACCGUUUGAAAUAACUCCUGAUAAAACGUGCCUAAAACCCAACCAAAGUCAAACUUUUAAAGUUACAUUUGCUCCGCAAGAUGCCUUCUUUUAUCAAGUUCGAUUAUUAAGCAUGAUUGAUAAUUUGGAUCCGUAUGAUCAGAAUGCGUCUUGUAAAAUAUCAGCACAAUCAUUGAUACCUUACUGCCACCUCGAUUUGCCAGAAAGUGAUUAUUUGACAUCAGGACGAAGAAAAGUUACCGGCGGUCUUGCGUUACCAAAACAUAUGAGCGUAUUGGAGUUCAACGUUUUAGGGAAUGGCUGCUACAAAAAGUCGUUCAAUGUGGUAAAUCCCACAAGCGAAGCAUACGAGUUUAUAUUCGAGAUGGUGUUGCUGGACAAGCCGGAACUGAUUCCAGUUCAUUGCGAUACAUUGAAGGGUUAUGUCGAAGGUGGUACUUCCACAGAAGUCACCUUUACUUUCUCUCCCACAGCGCCUGGGGUUUAUGAAUCCCAAUGGAAGUUCAAAAUACCAGUUUACAACCUAACAAUCAACUUAUUAGUUGUGGGAGUAGUAAGAGAACCAGAUGUUGUGUUUGUACCUACGAUCUUAGUUAUAAAAAAUUCAUUAGUCGGGUUCACCGUUCACCACGUCGUAAAAAUAAAGAACAACGAAGAAGAAGGCCUAAAGUUUGAAUUCAAGGGCAACUCAUUAUGUAACGAGUCGGGCAAAACACCGGUCAUAGUUGAACCGGAACAAGGAAUGUUGAAACCUCGAUCCGAGACUCCCAUUAAAAUAAGUUACACUCCAAUUGAGGACGGUCCGCUCUCUUUUAAGAUAUUUUGUAGUGUAUGCUAUAUGGUGAAGUAUUUGACGCUGUGUGUUAACGCAUUGAGUUUUUCUAUUAAACCGAAAGUAUCAUACUAUAUAAUCGGGAAUGAGCAUAUCCUAAACCAUGAAGUUAUUACUAAUAUUCAUUUGGAUGAGACGGCGUCGACCUAUCAACGGACAAUACCAUUCAAAAUCCGCAACGAUGGAUCUGCGACGUUCUUCUUCGACUGGACCUACAAUUGCAGCAAGGUAAAGAAGUACCUGACGGUGACGGUGGAGCCACAGAGCGGGCACGUGGCGCCCGGCAACGAGACUGAGUGCACGCUCUACUUCACGCUCAUUCAAGUGCCCGUGCAGGCUUUCCCAGUCACGCUUAGUAUAUCGGAUGGCCCUGAAUACAAUAUUUAUCUUUACGCAAUUAUUAAAAAACCGCUAUAUCACUUCACAUGCAUGGAUAUUGACUUCGGGAAAUGUAUUGUCAACGCACCGGAUGCCACUUAUAAGAAAAAUUUAGCUUUUGUCAAUGAUGACACUGUUCCUGUAAUUUUCAGUUUAAAUUUUGCAACUAUACCAGAGUUAUUCGUCGAUUUCCAUGAAUUACCAGACAUCCCUCCCGGUAAACGUGUAAAGAUUCCAGUUUACUUCCGACCGAAGCAAGUUAAAGAAUACGAGUUUAAGUUGCAAUUCUGGGUUAACUCACUUUGUGAAGAAAUUGUUUCAAUUAAAGGGGAAGGUAUUCCACUUCUAUUCGACCUCUACGAAGGUUGCCAAAAAAGUUUCAACUUGGGACCGGUGAAAGUAGGGGAGAAGAUAAUAAGGACUAUUGAGGUUAUGAACCAUAGCAAAGUCCCGAUCGAAGCCACUUUUAUAUUUAGAGAUAUGUACCCAGUGAUCGAAGACACCGACCAGUCCGAAGCGACCAGCGUGUGUCUCAGCCCUAGUGCGACUACACAACCUGAUGCGGGGCCUUCGAGGGUUAAAAUGUUGCAAACUUACAAAGAAGACAAAAUACGUGAACAAAUAGCAAUGGACAUCCAGAAUGCCUUGUCGUCCCUAAAAGUUGUACCUAAUAAGUGUAGAAUAUUGCCAUACAGAAAAGUGCCACUGAAGAUACAGUUUAAACCUAACGGGAUGAUAAGUGACCUUAAUGUUCAGUUAAAUAUGAAAGUUUUCGAGUUCGAAAGACCACUAGUGCGCAUUAGUGGUAGUGCCACCGGCAUGUGCCUAUGCUUCAGCCAGAAUUCGCUGCAGUUCGGCCGCGUGCGCAAGCGCGGGUGUAAGAUACUCAAAGUCAUGUUGAUGAAUAAAGGUGAUUUUGGCACAAGGUUUUGCUGGCAGCCGUUGAUAUCGGAUGAGUUCACGAUAUCCCCGAUGCAGGGAUCUAUUGCCGCACAUACAAAUGUCACCUUCACUAUAGCAUUUAGGCCACUCAAUCACAAUCCAUUUAUUAAAGUGUGGGCCAGUUGCAAUUUAGACAACUACAAUCCCCUUGAAUUAGCCAUGUACGCCACGUGUGUAGAUAUGGGCAACUUUCAGAACAAGACCUUGUAUCUCGAGUGUCCCGUUCGCGAAGUCAAAACUGAGUACCUGAGCGUGACCAAUAGUUCUGAUGAUGUCUGGCUUGUAUUGGGCGAAUUGUCUGGAUCUGGUCCAUUCGAGAUACUUCGUGAAUUCAACAUUGAACCUAAUUCUACAUUUGAAAUACCCGUCAGUUUCAAGCCCAAGACCUUAGGAAAACACGAGUGCCAAGCGUUAUUCUCGCCUCUUGGUGAGAGCGCUUUAUUUGUCAAUUUGGUGGGCGUAGCGCAGCAUCCGAACCCUAACGGUACACUCACUAUCACUGUUCCUGCGAAGGACUUCCAUAUAGAGGACCUGCUUGUAUACAACAUUACAGAGUUUCCAGAAACUUAUAUAGUGUCCACAGAAAUUUUGAGAGUUAUACCUGAUAAGUUUGAAGGGCACUUUGAGAUAUUACAUCCGGAUGUUAUCAAGGUUUGGGGCGAGGCGGCCGCCACUUGCCAUUUAAAGUUUGUAUGCUACGAGGAGUGUGAGAUGCAACUAAAAGUAUUUUUUAUUAAUGAAGAGACGCGGGAGUACCAGUAUUACAACAUCACGGCGGUGGUGAUGCCAAGCCCACUUGUGGACACUAUAACUUUCGUGGCGCGGGCGCGGGAAAUUUUCCGUAAAGAGCUGACCGUGAGCAACCCGCUUGGCGAAGAUUCUAUGUUCUCAGUGCGGUGCGAUAGACUUAAUUGCCCCGAAUUAAUAAAAAUUGGGAGGAAUUCAGAGGCAACUUUGGUGCUGACUUUUAACCCUCUCGUAGUCGGAGAGAGUGAAGAUUACUUAGAAAUAAACAAUCCCUUGGUCGGUUCAUACAUAUACAAGGUGGUGUUAAAAUGCUUGCCAGCCAAGGAGAAGAGUUUGGAGUACAUAACAGAGCUAGGGAAUUGCAUUCCGAUACGACUCAGGGUUCAAAAUAAUACAGAUGUUAAGACAGAAUUCAUUACUACGGCUUCACAUCCGUGUAUUUUGGCAGAACCGCAAUAUUCGCUGUUACCAUUUGAGAAAGGAAAAUUCUUGGUGUGGUUUGAACCGACACAGCAUGGAGUGCAGCAUUGCAAACUGUCUUUUGAAUCUCCAGUCGCAGGAGAAUUUGUUUUCAAUAUAAAGGGCAAAGCGACUGAUCCGAAGCCUCAAGGUCCUUAUGAAAUCAAAGCUGGAGGAUACGCUACAAUAAAGUUCAAAAAUGUAUUUGAGGAUGUCAGGAUGUUUAAGAUAUCUGUGGAUCAAGAUGAGUUCUACGUGAAAACGGUGUACGAAACAAUUAAAUCGAAAAAGGACAUAAAAAUUCCAGUUUACCUGAAUGAAAGGCCGCCACAAGGGUGGAGCAAGGAGCCUACAGGCUGCCUCAUUGUCGAAUGUUACGAUCCUCCAGACCCAAAGGCCAGCUGGACUUAUUUCCUGCAAGGAAUUCCUUGA